AUGCCUGUAUCUCAGAAGCAGCCGCCGCAGCUUCUGAUUCCUUCACCUAUAUCGAUCACUCCGAACGAAAGCGUCAGCACCAACACCAACAACCCAGCAAAGUUGGCGCUGGCGAACGUUCCUGGAGAGCCAGCAUUGCCCAUAAUACCGACACAGAAACUGGGGCCUCGCCGAAAGCCGCCUCCCAUUGAUUUCUCGAAAAUUGACGGAUCGCACUCGUUUAGUCCUCAAAGUGAUAGCCCCGACCACCUCCAUCAAUCGGGGUUACCGCUGAACUUAAAAGCCAAUGUCAACUCCACAGCUCGCAUUGGAGAGGCGGUGAAAAGUCACACCAACCAGCAACGGGUGCCACACCAACAAGCACAUCCAGCUCAGUCACAGUACCAACAAUACCAGCAGCCACAAGCACAAUUCAAUCUACAUAACCUGCGACCUCCACACAAGCGUAAGAGUCUCGAUGACCUUACACCAGACGAUUGGAACAGGUUGGCCAAUACUCAGCAGAUCACUGAGUUGGCUAAGCUCGGAGAGGGUAACGGCGGCAGUGUACUGAAGUGUUCGCUCAAGAACGAUUCUCAAGUGUUUGCUUUGAAACUUAUAAAUGCUGAUCCAAAUCCAGAUGUACAGAAACAAAUCAUUCGUGAGCUUCAAUACAAUCGUCUGUGUAACUCUCCAAAUAUCGUCAAGUACUACGGUACUUUUAUGGUUGAAGAACAACUGAUGAUUGGCAUUGCAAUGGAGUACAUGGGCGGUCGCUCCUUGGACGCAAUUUACAGAAGGGUGAUCGAGAUUGAUUCGUCCAACCGAAUCAACGAGAAAGUGAUGGGCAAGAUUGCCGAGUCGGUGUUAAGUGGGCUAAAUUACUUGCAUCAGCAGCGUAUCAUUCACCGGGACAUCAAACCCUCAAAUAUUCUUCUUGACAAACAUGGGAACGUUAAGAUCUGUGAUUUUGGCGUUUCAGGCGAGGUUGUAAAUUCUCUUGCAAACACAUUCGUUGGUACACAAUACUACAUGGCCCCUGAGAGAAUCAUGGGUAAGCCAUACACAGUGAGCUGUGACGUUUGGUCUCUAGGGCUCACUCUUUUGGAAGUAGCUCUGGGACGCUUUCCCUAUCACAUCGAUAGCGAGAUGUCACUAGGGCCGAUUGAGCUUCUAUCGUUAAUAUUGGAGUAUGAACCGCAUUUGGAGGAUGUUGAGGAGGAGGAGAUCUUCUGGUCGGACUCGUUUAAGAAUUUUAUUGACUACUGUCUACGCAAGAAUCCAGAACAAAGACCGUCACCGCUGCAGAUGCUCAAGCAUCCGUGGGUGGUGGGCCAGCUGCAGGUGAAAGUCAGCAUGGACAGAUUUGUGAAGAGAUUAUGGGGAGACAAUUUGGACUAA